AUGACGACAUACGGUGAUGAUCUCGCCAAGUCCAUGUGGUCGAACCUUUGGAACCUGGCUGAUGCCUCUGCUAUGCUUUACGAUGAAAAACAACUCGCAAAGUCCUCUGAGAAAGUCAAAGACAAGAGUCUUUAUACGAGAAAAUCAAGGACAAAGCUGAAGAAACCUGCUACUAGAGGAACAAAAUUGUUACUUCAGUGGCCUUCUUCAACGGCCUUCUUCAAGAACGCAGCUGAUUCUAAGGCCAAAGCCCUAAACACAAGAAGAAGCUGCAAGAGACGUGCCGUGCAAGAGAAAGAGACACCGAAGUGGCUGUUCCAGGUGAUGGAAAAACUGAAAGGAGAAGCUUACGAGCCAAGGCUCAUCUUUGAGAGGACUCUGACCAAAACUGAUGUUGACCCUGGACAAAGCCGUCUCUCAAUGCCUUUCAAUCUUCUAAUCCGUAACGAUUUCUUGACGCAGGUUGAGUUGAGAAUCAUUGAAAAAGACAUCAAAAACGAUAACAAGACCGGAGUUGGAGCGAUUCUAGUGGAUCAAAUGUGUAAAAAGUACGGUGUGAUGUUGAAGAGAUGGGAGAUGAAGAAAGAGACAGGAAGAGGAAGCUGGAACUACUCUUUGAUAUGUGGUUGGAACGAUGUCGUUAAGGCAAACGGAUUGGAAGAGGGCGAUUACAUCAAUGUUUGGUCUUUCAGGUGGCGUGGAGUCCUCUCCUUUGCUCUUGUUCCUGCUCUUUCUCCUGACAAUGGAACAAAGUAG